CCAGGCUGGGACACGUCGGCUCCACGGGGACCUUGUCCUCCUGCCCACGGCGAUGGCAAUGCUUCUUCUCUGCAUGAGCCCAGCACGUGCUGCCAGCUUCCAGGACGGGUUCCCCGCAGACUGCAGCCAUCUCCACAAGACCAACCCCAGCGGGGUGUACGUCAUCCAGCCGGCAGGGUCUCCCCCACGCGUGGUGUGGUGCGACAUGGACACCGAAGGCAAGGGCUGGACUGUUGUCCAGAGAAACACUUACACCACCGAAAUCACGUGGAAGGAAUCCUGGACCACCUACAAGUACGGCUUCGGGAACGUGCAGGGUGAUCACUGGCUGGGGACCGAGUACCUGCACCUGCUGACACAGCAGGGCACCUACAAGGUCCGCUUCAUCGUGCGGAAUAAAGCCAACAUCACCCAUUACGCCGAGUACGACAUCUUCAGCGUGGAGAGUGAGGCUAGCGGGUACCCACUGAGGCUGGGCCGGUUCCUGGGCAGUGGGGAGGACUACCUGACCAGCUAUCACUCUGGGUACGGGGGCAUACACGACAACAUGAAGUUCAGCACAACCGACAGGGACCAGGACCAGCACAGCGGGAACUGCGCCAACAGCUACGGGGGCUGGUGGUAUGACAAGUGCCAGAACGUCCUGCUCAAUGGCAAGAAGUACAUCUUCUGGCCAGGAAUCUGCUCAAGCGGUGACUGCACAUCCUCCCUCAUCCUGGUCAAACCCACAGAUGUGUGCUGA